AUGUCAGGCCACACUCCAUCCAAAAGCUGGGCAGACGUCGAGGACGACGACGACCUCGGAUCUGAUCUUGCAUCCCGUCUUGGUGGCUUCGCCAAGGCAGACUCACCAGCACCCGACUCGAAGCCCGUCCCGGAAGCUCAGUCGCUAGCCUCUCGCAUUGGCGGCCUCGCUACCGACGACAACGACGAGAAGGACUCCAAGCCUUCAUCAUCUGAGAAGCCGCGCCCUAGUGUUAACAAGUCGAACCCGCUGCUCGGAAAAGCCCUCGCUGGAGCUAACGCCGACCGCUCGUCUCCAUCAGCCUCCUCCGGACAGAAAAAGGAAGACACACCGAAAGACAAGAUGAACGGACCUGACGAUGGUGAGCCGCUCUCUCCGUCCGCAACUGACAUCAGCAACGACUUCCAGGUCGAGGUCAAGCUCGCCGACCAGCAGGCCGACCCCAACUCGCCACUCUACUCUGUCAAGUCUUUCGAGGAGCUUCCUAUUCACGACGACCUCAAGAAAGGUAUCUACGCCAUGAAUUACACCAAGCCCUCGAAGAUCCAGGAGAAGGCCCUUCCUCUUCUUCUCGCCAACCCUCAGUCGGGUACCGGCAAGACUGCCGCCUUCUCUCUCGCCAUGCUCUCCCGCGUCGAUGCUGCCCUCUGCACUCCUCAGGCGAUCUGUCUUGCUCCGUCCCGUGAGCUGGCCCGUCAGACUGUCGACGUCAUUGAGAAGCUGGCGCAGUUCACCGAGAUCAAGGUCAAGCUCGUCGUUCCGGGCUCCUGGUCGCGCUCCCAGAAGAUUACGGAGCAGAUUGUCGUUGGAACCCCUGGAACCCUGGUUGAUAUCCUGUCCCGCGGCGGACGCAUCUUGGAUCACUCCCAGAUCCGUGUAGUCGUCGUCGAUGAGGCCGAUGAGCUGCUCGCUCUCCAGGGUCUUGGCGACCAGACUAUGCGUAUCAAGAAGAUGAUUCCCGGCAAGCCCCAGAUGAUGCUGUUCUCCGCGACCUUCCCCGACCAGGUCCAGGAGUAUGCCGAGCUCUUCUGUCCCCAGGCCAACUCGAUCUACCUCAAGAAGGAGGAGGUUACCGUCGACGCCAUCAAGCAGCUGAAGGUCGAGUGCGCGAACGAGGAGGACAAGUUCGAUGUUCUCGCCCUUCUCUACGACGUCAUGACCAUCGGUCAGAGCAUGGUCUUCUGCAAGAAGAAGGUCACCGCGGACCAGAUCUCGGAGCGCCUCGAGAGCGACGGCCACUCGGUUGCCUGUCUCCACGGUGACAAGAUGUCGGACGAGCGUGACAAGAUCCUCGACGACUUCCGUCAGGGCAAGACCAAGGUCCUCAUCACGACCAACGUCGUGGCUCGCGGUAUCGAUAUCCAGCAGGUUAACAUGGUCGUCAACUACGACGUCCCCAUCAUGGGCCCCGAUGAGGGCUGGGCGCCUGAUAUCGAGACUUACAUCCACCGCAUUGGUCGUACCGGUCGUUUCGGCCGCAAGGGUUGUGCGGUCACUUUCAUCGACGGCGAGCGGUCGGGAGCCGAUGUUAAGGCCAUCGAGGAUGCUCUCGGCAAGCCCAUGAAGCAGAUCGACGCUCGCAACAAGGACGACCUCGACCAGCUCGAGCAGGUCCUCAAGGCUGCUCUCAAGGACCCCAAGUAA